AUGCCGGCAGCGGCUGGGGACGGGCUCCUGGGCGAGCCGGCGGCGCCGGGGGGCGACGGGGGCGCGGAGGACGCAGCCAGGCCGGCGGCGGCCUGCGAGGGAAGUUUCCUGCCCGCCUGGGUGAGCGGCGUGUCCCGCGAGCGGCUCCGUGACUUCCAGCACCACAAGCGCGUGGGCAACUACCUGAUCGGCAGCAGGAAGCUGGGCGAGGGCUCCUUCGCCAAGGUGCGCGAGGGGCUGCACGUGCUGACCGGAGAGAAGGUCGCCAUCAAGGUCAUCGAUAAGAAGAGAGCCAAAAAGGAUACGUAUGUCACCAAAAACCUGCGGCGGGAGGGCCAGAUCCAGCAGAUGAUCCGGCACCCCAACAUCACGCAGCUGCUGGACAUCCUGGAGACGGAGAACAGCUACUACCUGGUCAUGGAGCUGUGCCCCGGCGGAAACCUCAUGCACAAGAUCUAUGAGAAGAAGCGCCUGGAUGAGGCCGAAGCCCGUAGAUACAUCCGGCAGCUCAUCUCUGCGGUGGAGCACCUGCACCGGGCUGGAGUGGUUCACAGAGACUUGAAGAUAGAAAAUUUGCUACUAGAUGAAGACAACAACAUCAAGCUGAUUGAUUUUGGUCUGAGCAACUGUGCAGGGAUCCUGGGUUACUCGGACCCAUUCAGCACACAAUGUGGCAGCCCUGCCUACGCUGCUCCGGAACUGCUCGCCAGGAAGAAAUACGGCCCCAAAAUUGAUGUCUGGUCAAUAGGCGUGAACAUGUACGCUAUGUUGACCGGGACCCUGCCUUUCACAGUGGAGCCUUUCAGCCUGAGGGCUCUGUACCAGAAGAUGGUGGACAAAGAAAUGAACCCGCUCCCCACCCAGCUUUCCACAGGGGCCGUCAACUUCCUGCGCUCGCUCCUGGAACCAGACCCUGUGAAGAGGCCAAAUAUUCAGCAAGCGCUGGCAAAUCGCUGGCUGAACGAGAAUUACACUGGGAAAGUGCCCUGUAAUGUCACCUAUCCCAACAGGAUUUCUCUGGAAGACCUGAGCCCCAGCGUGGUGCUGCACAUGACUGAGAAGCUGGGCUAUAAGAACAGCGACGUCAUCAACACGGUGCUCUCCAACCGCGCCUGCCACAUCUUGGCUAUCUACUUCCUGUUAAACAAGAAACUCGAGCGCUAUUUGUCAGGGAAAUCUGACAUCCAAGAUGGCAUCUGCUACAAGACCCAGCUCUACCAGAUAGAGAAGUGCAGAGCCAGCAAGGAGCCCUACGAGGCCUCCCUGGACACCUGGACAAGAGACUUGGAAUUCCAUGCUGUGCAGGUGUCUGACUGUGUCCUGUUUUCUUUGAUUGGAAGGAUAAAAGAGCCCAAAGAGCAAGAAAAAAAGGGAGAUUUUCUUCAUCGUCCAUUUUCCAAGAAGCCAGACAAGAGCCUUCCCUCUCACAAACAGCCCUCGGCCUCCCUCAUCACCCAGAUCCAGAACACCAAAGCCCUCCUCAAAGACCGCAAGGCCUCCAAGGCGGGCUUUCCCGACAAAGAUUCCUUCGGUUGCCGCAAUCUUUUCCGCAAAACCUCCGAUUCCAAUUGUGUGGCUUCUUCUUCCAUGGAAUUCAUCCCUGUCCCACCUCCCAGGACACCCAGGAUUGUAAAGAAACUAGAGCCACACCAGUCAGGGCCAGGAAGUGCCAGCAUCCUCCCCAAGGAAGAGCCGCUGCUGCUGGAUAUGGUGCGCUCCUUUGAGUCCGUGGAUCGCGAGGACCACAUAGAACUGGUGUCCCCGUCCCACCAUUAUAGGAUCCUGAACUCACCUGUGAGCUUGGCUCGUAGGAAUUCUAGUGACAGGACACUCUCUCCAGGGCUACUGUCUGGAAGUACAUCACCUCUCCAAACUCCACUGCAUUCCACGCUGGUCUCUUUUGGCCAUGAAGAUAAGAACAGCUCACCGAAAGAGGAGGGCGUGUGUUCCCCUCCUCCGGUUCCCAGCAAUGGCCUCACACAGCCUCUGGGGAGCCCCAACUGUGGUAAAAGCAGGGGAAGGUUCCCCAUGAUGGGUAUUGGACAGAUGCUGAGGAAGCGUCACCAGAGUCUGCAGCCUUCUUCAGAGAGGUCCCUGGAGGCCAGCAUGUCCCCCCUGCAGCCCACAGCCCCCUCCAGCCUUUCCUUUGACAUGGCUGAUGGUGUCAAGGGCCAGUGUUAA